GACGACCUUGAAAAAGAAGUUCGGAAGUCUGAAGAUCGCAAGAGACAUAGUUCAGCGUAAGGUCAAUGAUGCUACAAAAAAUUUGGAAAUGACCGAAUUGGAUGUUGAGAACUGGCUGCAUAAUGUGAAUUCCGUCAUUAAUGAAGCCGAUGAGUUACUUCAAAAGAAAGCUGACAACAGCGGCUGUUCCUGUUUCAAUCCUAGCUUAAUCACCCGCUACAAACAUGGGAAAAAAGCAUUCAAAUUAAUGAAGGAUAAUAUUUCUCCACUCUUGCAGGAAAAAAGGGACAUGGGAACUGAAAUGUCCUAUCCCGUUAUCCUCCAGGAAACUUGGGCUACACCUGAAAAAGGUUACACCCCUUUUGAAUCAAGAGAGUCCACGUUGAAGGAGAUAGUGAAGGCGUUAAAUGACUGUAACGUCAACAUGAUCGGAGUUCAUGGGAUGCCUGGGGUCGGCAAGACAACUCUGGUAAAGGAAGUAUUGAGGCAAGUCGAAAAAGACAAGUUGUUUGAUAAAAUGAUAUUCAUUGAGAUAACUCAGACGGUCGAGACAAGGAUGAUUCUAACAAAAAUAGGUAAUAAGUUAGGCAUGCGAUUAACAAAUAUUGACAUUAGUGACAUGAAAAUGAUGUUGCAUGCUCAAUUGAAGAACAUGGAGGAGAAGAUUUUGAUCAUUUUAGAUAAUGUUUGGGAAGUUCCUGAUUUGGAGACUACAGGAAUUCUUGAAGCAGUUGAUGAAGAGAAAUGUAAAGUGCUUUUGACAACAAGAGGGCGAGAUGUGUUGAAGAGGAUGGGUUGUAAAGUUUUCGAGAUUGGGAUUUUAAGCGAAGAAGAGAGUUGGAGGCUGUUUAAGAACACGGCAGGGCCAGGUCAUGAUUUUAUUAAAGCAAGUGAGGUAGAAUCUUUGGCAAAAGACAUUUGCAAGAAAUGUGGACGUUUGCCCAUUGCCAUUGUUACUUUAGCAAAAGCAUUAAAGAAUGAGUGUGAUCCACGCCAAUGGGAAGAAGCCUUGCAACAAUUGAACAAGUCUUCCCGAACAAACUUCGAAGGAGCUUUGAAAAUGGCAUAUUUAUCAAUAGAGUUGAGUUACAAUUACUUAAGAGGUGAGGAACUCAAAAAAACUUUUUUGCUUUGUAGUCUAAUGAGCCAUCAAGCUUCCACUUUAGACUUGGUCAAAUAUGUUUUGGCUUUGGAUAUAUUUGAGCGCUUUAAUACAGUAGAAGAAGCACUGAAUAAAGUACAUACAUUGAUCAAUGAACUUAAAGUCUCUUGUUUAUUGCUUGAUAAUCAAACCAACACAUCAUUUUCAAUGCAUGAUUUUGUCCGUGAAGUUGCCUUAUCCAUUGCAAAUAGAGACGAUCAUGCAUUUUCGGUAAGAAAUGAGUUUGAUUGGGAAUGGCCUAGUGAAGAUAAACUAGAAAUUUGUGAAAAGAUCUUCAUUCAUGAUAGCAUUAUUAGUGAUCAGCUUGGUGAUGAACUGGAAUGUCCAAAACUUGAAUCUUUCUUCAUGAAUAACAACAAUUCUUACAUUGAGAUACCUGAGAAGUUUUUCUCAGGGAUGAGAAAGCUCAAAGUUUUAGAUUUGACUGGAUUCCGGUUGUCCUCUUUGUCGUCAUCCCUUCAUCUCUUAGUAAACCUUCAAACAUUGUCUCUGAAGUAUGGUACGUUUGAAGAUGUAACCAUUAUUGGAAAGCUAAAGAAAUUAAAAAUUCUUAUCUUACAAGGUUCAAAUGUUAAGCAAUUGCCAAAAGAAAUAGGUCAUUUGACUAAGUUAAAGUUGUUAGAUUUAAGCUAUUGUCAACAAUUAGAAUUUAUUGCACCAAAUGUGAUAUCAAGCUUAUUUAGAUUGGAAGAAUUGUAUAUGAGACAAUGCUUUGCUCUAUGGAAGGAUAAAGGAGAAAAUGUUGAACAAAGUAACGCUAGCCUUCAUGAGUUAAAUCAUUUGUCUCGUCUCACCACUUUGGAAAUAGAUAUUAAAGUUGAAAAUAUAUUUCCAAUAGACUUGUUCUCGAAAGAGAUGAAAAGGUACAAAAUAUCCAUAGAAGAUCAGUCGUCCUCAUAUUGUAUGUCAUGCACAUACAGAGAACAUUGGAAAAUCAAGAGUUUUGAUGAGCUUGAGACUUUUAGAACAGUGAAACUGGAGCAUAAUUCUAUCAUUUGGUCUGGGAGAUUACGAUGCUUCAAGAAUGUUGAAUUCUUAUGCUUAGGCAAACUUCAGGGCAUCAAGAAUGUUCUUACUGGAUUAGACGAAGAGGGUUUUUCACAAUUAAAAGUUCUCCAUGUCCGCGAUAAUCCUAACAUCUUGUGUAUUGUUGACUCAACAAAGUGCAUAGCACAUGAUGCCUUUCCCAACUUGGAGUCACUGGUUCUUUUUGAUUUGAUUAACUUGGAGACCGUAUGUUGUGGUCAUCCCACAACAAAGUCAUUCUGCAACUUACAGAUCAUAAGUAUAGACAGAUGUGAAAAAUUGGAAAAUAUUUUCUCAUUUUCCAAUACUAGAAGCCUUCAACAACUUCAAAGAAUGAGUGUGACUGCUUGCAAGAAUUUGACAGAGAUAUUUGUUCUUGAUAGAGAAGAUGAUAACGACAACAAUGAAGUAAUUGAAUUUUGUCAAUUACGCUUUUUGACACUCUAUUAUCUUCCACGGCUUACAAGCUUCUAUUCUCUAGUAAAGAAGCCUGCAACAUUGCGAGAGAGGCAAAAGGAUGAGCCCAAAUCACUUUUUACAAGCUUCUAUUUUGAAGCUGCACUAAAGAAGUUUUACGCAGCAUUAAUACAGAAGAGGCAUGCAACAUUGCCAGAGAGACAAAAGGAUGAGCUCACAUCACUUUUCAACAGAAAGGUUGUUUUUCGAGAUUUGGAGGCCUUGGAAUUGAAAACAAUUGAUUCUGGGAAGAUUUGGGACCGUCAAUCUCUGACAUUAAUGUCUUCUUCUUAUAAAAAUUUAACACGCUUGAUCGUUUCAGAUUGCAAUAAACUCAAAUAUGUUUUUCCAUCUUUUAUAGUCAAAAGCUUUGACCAGCUGCAACACCUUGAGAUAAAUGAUUGUAAAGUUUUAAAGGAGAUUGUUGAGAAAGGAGGAGGAGAAGGAGAAGAAGCUACUAAGUUUUUCUUUCCGCAAGUAACCUUCUUGAGUCUUAAACAGCUACCUGAACUAGAAAGUUUCUAUCCUGGAAGACAUACUUCUGAAUGGCCAAUGUUAAAGAACUUGGAGGUGUGCUAUUGUGACAAAGUAAAGAUAUUCAAUUUACAAAGUAUUGAGGAGCAACUAGACAUUUCAGUGCCACAAUCUCUCUUCUUGUUUGAAAAGAUUAACCCCCAUUUGGAGACAUUGACAUUAAGCAAAAUGGACAAUGUAACAAUAUGGCAAGGCCAGUUGCCAAGUAACCAGUUUUGCCGACUUAAAGUUCUUAGGGUUGGGCGUGAUGAAUCACAAUUUAUACGUUCAUAUAAAGAAAUAUUCUCAUAUCGAGAAGAGGAGAACCAUACUGAGACACCUACACAGAUGGGAAUGAGUGUUUUUUAUCUUCAGAAUCUUGAAGAUCUUCACGUGUUUGAGUGUGACAAAUUGAUGAAUCUAGCACCAUCCACUGUAUCUUUCUAUAAUCUAACAGUUCUGAAGGUAAGGCAUUGCAAUGGAAUGAUGAACUUAAUAACAUCUUCAACAGCCAAAAGCUUAGAGCAAUUGAGAGAAAUGGAAAUAGAAGCAUGCAAAAUGAUGAUAGAAGUAGUAGCAGAGGGAGAUGCAGGAAGAGAUGAAAUAAUUGUUUUCAAAAAUUUGGAGUCUCUGUUACUUGAUCAUUUAGUAAGUCUUAAAUGCUUCUGUUCUGGGAAUUGCACUUUCGAAUUUCCAGCUUUGGAAGAUUUACGAGUGAAGAAUUGCCCCAGGAUGAAGAUUUUUUGUGGAGGAGUCUUAAAAACACCAAAUUUAAAAGAUGACCUUAAUGCAACUAUACGACAAUUAUACAAAUUAUACAAGAAAAGGGAGAGAUGGCAACUGAUUGUAAUUUUUCUGUGGAGUAUAGUUGUUAUGAUCUACUUGAACCUAUCUCCCAGGCGCUUUCUAUUUCUAUUUAAAGUUAAUGCUGUUCAGUUGAUUCUUGAUGGAAUAUGGAGACAAUCAUAUUAUUCAUAUUUUAGAGCAGCUGUAUUUGCCGCAAUAAGUCACUGUUACAGUCUAGUACUUCGCGACGAGAAAAUUACAAUAUUUGAAUGGCUUUACGAAAAGCUGAUAAGAAUAAUCCUACUCAUCUGCACCCUUUUUCUACUUUGGCUUAAAGCCAUGUCCGCGUCGUCCCCUUCUAGGUGGGAAAGGUUGCUGCAGUUCAUGUUCUUUAGUGAUUCUCUUGAAGACUAUGGUCUCUAGGCCGUUUCAAUAAGAUAUGGCAAAUAUAUAAUUUUUUGAACAUGAAAGGGAAGUACAAGGAAAAAGGGAACGGAAUUGAAAAUGGUGGAACCUACCGGAAAUAUUGCCAGUAUCGCGAGUGCUGUUCUCCCUGUGGGCAAGUGGGUAACUUAUCCGGUUGGGUGUCAAA